AUGGCUGAAGAAACCAAUAAAUCUCAAGAAACGAAUAAUCAAAAGGAAACAAAUUAUGAAGAAGACACAACUGAAUCUGAAGAAGAAAACCCAAUCCCAGGAAAGAAGAAGAGAGGAGGGACAAAGAAAAAUCGAAUUCAAGGUAAGAACAGAAAAUUUGAUUCUACCAGCACGAAAAAAAAGAGAGGCCGCCCCUGCAAAAACCCUGAACAAACCUUAGACUCUAUGAGAAAAAAGAAUAAAAAAGCAAAAGGUGAUAAAGUACUUGAAGAAGUAAAAGAUAAGAUCCAUCCUGACCCUAAAUUCGGAGAAAAUCAAUAUUCUGAAAAUUAUUUUACGGAUUCUUCUAGUGAAGAAGAUGAUCAACAAAACUUUAAUAACAAUUCCGCAAACGUUGACGAACAUAUUAGAAGGAAAGACUCAGAAGAAGUGAAUAUGUCGAAUGAAAACCGAGCGAACUAUCAACUGGACAAAGAUCCUCUUCUGGAAAAGGGUGAAGCAUCUCAAUUUUUGAACAAAAAUAUUAUCGAGUGUAGGGCCUUCUAUAUCUUUUCGCACGAAAUUCCAAAUAACAAUUACAUGUAUAACUGUUAA